CGGGAAUACGCUGCCAAGAGCCAAAACUUAGAAUAUUUGACAAUGUCUCAAAAUCCAGAGGCAAUUUCUCCCAAAAGAGACGUCUUAGAUAAAGUAAAUCAAAAUCAAAAUAAAGAAGAUGUCAAUCGACGCGUUCCUUCGCCGUCAUCGCAUUUUAUUGCUGGAGGGGUUGCUGGGAUGCUUGGAGCAAUUGCUACUGCCCCUUUAGAUGUUGUCAAAACGAGGCUUCAGUCAGAUUUUUACAAGGAUCGAGUUUUAAAACAAUCUGGCCCGAAGCAUGGAGUUCGAGCUAUUUAUAGGCAAUUUGUAGAUACUUGCUUGAUUUUAAAUAACGUCCGGUUACAGGAGGGAGCACGAGCUUUAUUUCGAGGGCUAGGACCUAACUUGGUAGGAACGAUUCCAGCUCGGUCCAUCAAUUUUUUUUCUUACGGUAACGGAAAACGAAUAAUAGCUGAUCAUUUCAAUAAUGGAAAAGAAUCAUCGCAAGUCCAUUUAGUUUCUGCUGCCAUAGCAGGAGUCAUCACCUCUGCUGCUACCAAUCCAAUAUGGUUGGUGAAGACCCGGCUACAGUUGGAUAAACGAAGCGGACAAACGGCCCGUUAUAAGUCAUCAGUUGAUUGUAUAAUAAAAACUAUGAAAGUGGAAGGAAUCUCUGGUCUUUAUAAGGGUCUAUCGGCGAGUUUACUAGGGGUUGGUGAGAGUACGUUGCAGUGGGUUGUUUACGAAAAAUUCAAACACACUGUUGCUCUUCGACAACUUCAAAGGCGAGAGCUCGGCUACAAAGACACUUUGUAUGAUAAAUUUUUGGAUUGGUCAGGUAAACUUGGAGGUGCAGGACUAGCUAAAUUCAUUGCUGCCGCGAUUGCUUAUCCUCAUGAAGUUGUUCGAACCCGGUUGAGACAAAGUCCUUCAACAAAUGGAAUUCCUAAAUACAAUGGUCUGUUACAAUGCUUUUACCUUGUCUGGAAAGAACAAGGGGUUGCAGGCCUUUAUGGCGGGUUAACAGCUCACUUACUUCGAGUUGUCCCCAAUGCCUGUAUUCUUUUCGGAAGCUAUGAAGUUAUCAUGCACUUCAUUGGUUAA